GAUUCUGCAUCGUUACCACCUCGUUAAAAUGGAGCCCGUUGAAUCCAGUUUGCCGGUUAAAACGGCUAAGCUACAAAAAAGGAAAAUUAAUUUUGAUGCAGCAGACCAGGGCCCAGAUAACGUUAAGGCAAGUGUAGCAAACAAAACUGCGCCACCAAAGCCACCGACCAACGGCAAGGCUCAAGGAACGGCUAAAACAAAAAAACUAACCUACGAACAAAUGAUAAGUGAGGUGAUCGCAGAAAAUGAUCCCAAAAGGAAAGGCCUAUCGUUCUUGAUGUUACAGAAAACAAUUAGGGGCAAGUACGUGAUCGAUGGCGAUAUAAAACUUUACGUUAAGCGAGCCUUUGAAAAAUUAUUGGCCAAACAUGUUGUUGAGCAUGUGACCGGUUCGGGGGCUUCGGGAAGCAUUCGAUUUACCAAAGACCACUGGGAGAAGUUGAAGAAAUCGGACAAAAAGGUCGUGGUCGUGAAAGAGAAGCAGCAAAAGACAAAGGAUCAGCCAGUAGCGCAAGCCAAGGAUAAGAACAAUAACACGAAAGGGGCAAAGAAAAUGGUCGCACCAAAGGCUAAGGUGCCGACAAAGAAAACGGCCAUUACUAAAACGAAAAUUGAUCGAGCCAGUGGCAAAGUGCGGCUGUCCAUCACUACCAAUCCUACGUCGACAGUCAAAAACCCAAUCGCUAGAGCACAACCGACUAUCAAAGCGAAAAGUUCAGAGAAAGCACCUCGACAGGGAAAACAUAAGAAAGUUAAACAGAAUAAUUAGCGCACUAGGCGAAGGAAAAAGAAAAUUGUGCUGUGGGUAAUAAUUGUUACCUUGGACCACCAUAUUUGACUGUAUUUUUGGCAUUUUUAUUAAUCCGUUUUAUGUUACACCUGUAAGGAUUACGUUCCUGUAUCGUUUUAGUCAUAACAUGUAAAUCGAUAAACAUCUUUUGCACUGAAUAAAAUCUACACGGA